AUGGAGAUCGUGCGGAUGGAAAUGGUGCGGCUAGGGUUCAAGUAUGCUGUGCCAGUGUCUGCCGGGGUCGUGCUCGCGCUCGUGGGCUAUCUGAUUAGCGUAAUGGCGGCGUUAGGCCAGAUCUUUCCUCGCGUAGCUCGGACCCCGUCUAAAACUCGCGACAUUCUGCUAGUUGAAGAGAUGCGGCUGGUCCGACAGAGUCAGCGACGCCAUUCAACGAUCUCAAGGCAGCAGGAGGUGUAUAUUCGACGUUCCUUGUCGAUAUCUGCCGGUACCGCUCCACAUACCGCUCCAUCACUAGCUGCGGCGAGCAACCGUGUGCGAUUCACCGAUUCACCGAUAAUACGUUCGUUCGGCGAGGCGAUCGCUGCGAUUAAGGUGGAAGCGUCUGCAACUCGUCCAUUAUGCCAUGCUCGCUCUUUUGAGUACUCCUCUUUGGCCGAAAAUGCCGCAGAAGUACACGACAAUUGGCUUGCAGAGGGCGACAAGCGGGCAAGAGUUUUCCAUAAGUCUCAUACACAUUCUCCAGAGGAUACGAUUGUGCGUGGCAGGCGGCCGUCAUUUGUUCACGUGCGCUCUGUGCUGGAGGAGACCACUACCAACGAGCGACACUACGCCGUUGCAUCAGGGAAACCCAAGAUAGUCAAAAUGGCGAGUGUACCGAGCAGUAGUCUAAAGCAUAUGAGGGAGCUGUUGAUCCGUCCUCGCAACAUGUCAUUGAAGAGACAUAGUCCCCCGGUGCCGAGGACAGAUCCAUACAAGGCACCGUACAACUUUCCUUCCCCGGCAUCUCCCGCUGCAGCCAAUUAUAUUUGCGAAGUGAAAACUAGCAGGGGCCACGCUGCGACUUCCGUUCAUAAGAUCGCAAUGCUGAAAGACGAGGCGCGGGAAGAGACCAGCGUACAUGUCAUCGACUCGACUCGAUUAUGCAAUCUAGAGCAACCGCGGGUCUCACAGGAACAGCGGAUAGGCACUAAACCUCGCUCGUCACGGAGGCAAACAAAUGAGCACAGCCGUGAUCACUCCUUGGGAAAAACGAUGCGGAGGUGGUCGCUGCACUUUCCGCUCGCUCAUGCUCAUACUCCACGCUCUCCACCACUCGACUCGACCCCGAUGAAAAAGCCAAAGAUGACGUGGGUCUAUUUAUAUGGGAUCUGA